AGUUUCUAAGAAGUGGUUUGAAUAUGCAGAUGAGAACGUGACUUAAAGCAGGGUGAUCGGACCGAUCAUUCAGACAUCUUCUGAAACAUCAGCAUCAUCAGGUCUACAGUGAAGUCAGCAUGAAGACUCUCAGCCUGACAGUGGGACUGCUGCUCGUGCUGUUCACCGUUUACCACAGUGAUGCCUCUAAGGCAGUGAAUUCACCCGACUCUUGUUGUUUUCACUUCUUUGACAAACGGAUCCCAAAGGCGAACAUCGUCUCCAUCGUGAAAACUCACAGACAAUGCUCCACACCAGCAUUUGUGAUCGAGACACCCAGAGGGCUUUUCUGUGUGAAACAGACUGCAGAGUGGGCAAAAGAACAAUUUGACAACAAAAAGGGAUUUUGACCCAGCUUGAUAUGACAAUGUCUUAAAGAGCUUCAUCUGAUGAGGAAAGUUUAUAAUGCAACAAUAUGUAAAAACAUGUAUUGAAUUAUUUUAUAAUUUUCUUUCACUAUGCAAUUGAAAUCAUUUUUCUAUCACAUUGUGUUGUUUUGCUUUAUUCUUCAUUAAAGUUUCAUUUCACAAAA